UUUGGCCGAGGCAAGCGGGGCGCGACCCGAGAUAUUGUCGCCGCCGUUUGAGUUUUAGAGAAAAGAUUUAAUAUGAGAUUCACACGUCCUUAUGCGGGUACCUUGGCAGUGGUGCUCGUUGCUGUACUGCCUCUCGUAGCAGCUUCCAAUAACACAAACACCUCCGCAAAUCUGGGCAGUGAAGGCUCGGUGACGGUGUCAGUCAGGAAAGAAGGUGAGGUCGCUGGCCUUCUGCUCUUCUUUGGCGAAGGUCAAGAGGUCACGAUCAACGGAGAAGAACCUGAAACAAAAUGCAUCAGGAUUAGUAAUCAGCGGGAGAUUGAGGUCCGCGUCAUACAGGACGGGGUUCCUCAAGGGGAGCGCAAGAACCCCCAAGAACAACAGGAUGCGGCUGGGACCAAGCGUGAGGUUAUUGCGCACAUAGAGCUCAAGAACUGCCUGGAGGUGCUGAAUGAGGGCCAUAACAAGAGCGGCGUGUACACCAUCUCGCCUUACAAGCUCUGCCCCGAGCACCAGGUGGACGUCUACUGCGACAUGGACACGGACGGCGGAGGAUGGACGGUCAUCCAGAACAGAGACCUAUCGCAGGGGAAUUUUUUCCGGCCGUGGGUAGACUACGUCAACGGCUUUGGAGACCUCUCUCAGGAUUUCUGGCUCGGCAUCAAGCACAUCCACGCCCUCACGAGCCAGUCCCCCUACGAGGUGCGCUUGGACAUGACCGAUUUCGACGACAACACUCGAUUCGCGACCUACGACGGCUUCUCCCUCAGCGACGAGGCUCACCGAUACGACAUCAGCUUUGGCGAGUACUCGGGGGGGACCAACCCCGGCCCGGACAUCGAAAACUGUGCGAUCUUGUGGGAGAGCGUGUGGUGGUUCCGGAGCUGCUACACCGUGAACAUCGAGGACGAGGACCAGGAGGGCCCAAACAGCAAGAAGUGGCUGGAAGUCAUGUGGGGCUACUGGCGAGGCUACAACUACCCCCCGAAAAAGAGCGAAAUAAAGAUCAGGCCCAAGACAUAGGCAGCGACUGAGCUAUGGGGCUUUCUUUGGGGGAAGCACGCGAAAAGUGCUGUUGUCUUUUGAAUUAUUAAAGGAAGAGGGAUAUAGGAAUAGCUAGGAAUGAUGCAUACUGGGGGAAAAUUGCCUAAAGGAGGGGAAGGCAGAUUAGGAUCUUUAUUAAACCAGCGGGAUGAAGGGUGUGUAUGCUGAAUAAUGUGCUCAUGUACAUUAUUCAUAUACAUAUAUAUACACGCGUGUAUAUAUGUAUAUGGAUAUAUAUAUAUGUGUGUGUGUGUGUGUGU